AUGCCCCGGAGAGGCGUCGGUGCUGGUGCCAUCGCUAAAAAGAAGCUAACAGAGGCCAAAUAUAAAGAGAGAGGAACUCUUCUUGCUGAAGAUCAGAUAGUUCAGAUGUCCAAGCAGUUGGACACCUUCAAGUCCAAUUUGGAGGAGUUUGCCAGCAAACACAAACAGGAAAUCCGUAAAAGCUCCCACUUCAGGGUACAGUUUCAGGAGAUGUGUGCCACCAUUGGAGUUGACCCACUUGCUUCUGGCAAAGGUUUUUGGUCAGAGAUGCUGGGCGUGGGUGAUUUCUACUAUGAGCUUGGUGUGCAGAUUAUCGAGGUUUGCUUGGCUCUCAAACACAGAAAUGGAGGACUCAUCACUUUGGAUGAACUCCAUCAUAGGGUGCUGAAGGGACGUGGUAAAUAUGCUCAAGAUGUCAGCCAGGAUGACUUGGUGCGCGCGAUCAAGAAACUCAAAGUCAUGGGCAAUGGUUUUGGAAUGAUUCCAGUGGGCGGCUCCUAUUUGGUUCAGUCUGUCCCAGCAGAGCUUAACAUGGACCACACGGUGGUCCUGCAGCUUGCGGAGAAGAAGGGCUACGUAACAGUGAGCGAAAUAAAGGACAGUCUCAAGUGGGAAAAGGAAAGAGCAAGUCACGUCCUGGACCACCUGCUGAAAGAGGGCCUGGCAUGGCUGGACUCUCAGGCGUCAGGCGAGCCGCAGUACUGGCUUCCCGCCCUCUUCUCCGAGCUCACGUCCCGGGACGUCACACCUGAGGAGGCCAAUCAGAUGAGCCCGUGA